GAGCGCAGUGACGCGGAGACCCGGCGGCGGGGAGGCGGGUGGGGCGGAGCGGGGCUCGGGCGGCCGCCGCCAUGGACCCGUUCCUGGUGCUGCUGCACUCGGUGUCCACCGGCCUGUCGGACGACGAGCUGACCGAGCUCAAGUUCCUGUGCCGCGGCCGCGUGGGCAAGCGGAAGCUGGAGAGCGUGCGCUGCGGCCUGGACCUGUUCGCGGUGCUGCUGGAGCAGAACGAGCUGGACGCCGAGCGCACCGAGCUGCUGCGCGAGCUGCUCGCGUCGCUGCGGCGCCAGGACCUGCUGCGGCGCCUGGACGCCUUCGAGGCGGGCGCGGCGGGCAGGGCCCCGCCGGAGGAGCGAGACCUGCGUGCCGCGUUUGACAUCGUCUGUGAUAACGUGGGGAGGGACUGGAGAAGACUGGCCCGGCACCUUCACGUGACAGACACCAAGAUCGAUGCCAUCGAGGAGAAGUAUCCCCGCAACCUGACUGAGCAGGUGAGGGAGUCGCUGAGAGUCUGGAAGAGCGCCGAGAGAGAGGACGCGACGGUGUCCCACCUGGUGAGGGCGCUCAGGGCCUGCCAGCUGAACCUGGUGGCCGACCUCGUCCUGGAGGAUCAGCAGGCCCGGGAGAGCGAGAGCGAGACUGCGGGCAGUGGAGGUGGGGACAAGAGCCCCGCCGAGUCCUCUCGUCCCUGGGAUUCGAAUGGGCCUGCCUUGGGGGGCCCCUGGUGACCCAGCUGCUCUUCUCCAGGGGCCCGAGGGCAUCCACGCAGCCCGAACUUGGGUCCCCCCGCCACCACCAAAGUUGACCAAGUGCCUUCCACGUGCUGGUGCUAUGAUGACCUAACAG